ACUAUCAAUCUCUUCUAUCCUCUCUGUCUCUCUGCGCGCUUUGUGUGCUGUCUGUCUAAAAUAUGCGCAGUAUGUCCAGUGCGACUUUUGGCCUCUAUGCCUACACUUUUGUCACUCAUUUUUGUCGGUACACGAUCUUCAACUCGCACUUUUCCCCCAAUGAAAACAGCGUUACGGCCGACGUGAGCAUUAUUAGUAAUUAACGCGAGCACCUCCGCAGAGCGCACGCGCAUUACGACCUACCGAGCGCCGUAAAGAAGAACAAAAGCCGACAUGAACACCGUGAAGAGGCCCUCGGUUCAGGAGGAACUCCAGAGGAAUCCCGAACUGAAGGAAGUCGAUCUGCAGCAUCUGCGAGACUGGUAUACCAAGCAGCCGCAUUACCCGCGCAAUUUUCCCGACGAGGAUUUCGUCUAUUUUCUCCACGUCAGUGACUACGAGCUCGAGCAGGCGAAAGUGACCAUCGAGAAUUUCCUCACCUGCAGGACCCACACCCCGGAGUUUUUCAGCAACAGAGAUCCCGUUGGCUGCAAGGAGCUCCGAACGGCUAUGGGUACUGUGUGCAUAUUACCUCUCGAGCAGAGGACACCCGAGGGCUACGGCGUGUUGUACACGCGACUGAUAAACUACGAUGUGGACCGAUUUUCGUACUACGAUAAUAUGCGUCUCAUGAAUAUGAUAGCCGAAUUGUGGGUCUUGCAGCAAGGGACGAUGAAAGGCCAAGUCAUGAUAUGUGAUAUUCAAGGUGUGAAGAUGUCGCAUGCACUGCGGACUCCACUCAGUGGUGUGAAGAAGUCCCUCCACUAUCUGCAGGAAGCUGCUCCGAUCAGACUCAAGGCUCUGCAUUAUUUGAAUACCUCCUCGGUUAUGGAUUUCAUGCUGACACUUAUGAAGCCUUUCAUAAAGAAGGAGCUUAUGGAUAUGUUCCAUCUUCACCACUCGGUGGAGAGUCUGAAGAAGCACAUGCCCAUCGAGAUUCUACCAAACGAGGCGGGGGGUAAUGCUGGACCGAUCGACGAACUUUACGGAAAAGUCUUGAAAAAUCUCGAGGACCACCGCGAGUACUUCUUGGCCGAGGAGAGGGAGAUGCGAGUAAACGAGUCGCUACGCCCUGGCAAAGGCAAGGCCGCCAAAAAGGUUGCUGAAUUUCAAAGUAGCUUUGAGAAGCUCGACAUCGACUGAUACGAGGAUAAGAGAGAACAGAAGCCGGCAUGAACACCGUGAAAAGGCCUUCGGUCCAGGAUGAAUUCAAGAGAAAUCCAGAACUGAAGGAAGUCGAUCUGCAGCAUCUAAGGGACUGGAGUUCGAAGCAGCCGCAUUAUCCUCGGAAUAUCCCCGACGAAGAUCUCAUUUACUUCCUCCACAAUAAUUACUACAAGCUCGAGCCGACGAAAGUGGCCAUCGAGAAUUUCUACACCUGCAGGACACUCGUGACCGAGUUCUUCAGUAACAGAGAUCCUCUGGGCUCUAAGGAACUUCGAUCGACCAUGGGAGCUAUGUGUAUUAUUCCUCUUCCAAAGAAAACUCCCGAAGGCUACUGCGUGCUUUACGCAAAAUUCAUCAAUUGCGAUGUGGAACAAUUUUUCUUCAACGAUGGGAUUUGCUUGCUUAUGAUGAUACUAGACUUGUGGAUGGUUCAACACGGCACGAUGAAAGGUUUAUCGUUAAACCUCGAUCUGGCCGGUGUGACGAUGUCACACGCUCUUCGGAUCUCACCUAUUAUGGUCAAGAAGUUCCUGUACUACGUACAGGAGGCUAAUCCGGUCAGACUCAAAGCUGUGCACUUCAUGAACACUACGCCUGUUGUGGAUUUCAUUCUAGGACUCAUGAAGCCGUUCAUGAAGAAGGAGCUCCUAGACAAGAUCCACGUGCAUUCUACUUUGGACAGUUUGAAGAAGCACAUGUCCAUCGAGAUUUUUCCGAACGAAUCGGGUGGAAGAGCUGGCCCGAUCAUUGAAAUGAAUUAUAAAGUGAUCAAAAAUUUGGAGGACCACCGUCAGUACCUCUUAGCCGAGGAGUCGGAGAUGCGGCUCAACUUGGCAUUACGUCCCCGCAAGUCGACCAAUGACCUCUUUGGUAUCGACGGUAGCUUCAAGAAGCUCGACAUUGAACUGGCGUUGAGAGACAUUAGUGUUUGUCGAGCACUUGUGGCGCACAGGCGAGGUGCGACUUUCGUACUUUUUACGAAUCAAGAUAUAAUAGAAAUGAACAAGAUAAAGAGGGUGUCAGUAGAGGAGGAGUUUAAAAAAAAUCCAGAGCUGAAAGAAGAGGACCUACAACACUUGAGAGAUUGGAUCAAAAAGCAACCGCACUACCCAAAAAACAUCUCUGACAGCGAUCUCAUUAUUUUUCUGCACAGCUGCUACUAUCGGUUGGAGCCAACGAAAACCUGCAUGGAGAACUACUACGCGUCCCGAACUCACGUUCCGGAAAUCUUUCACAACAGAGAUCCCAUUGGAUGUCGUGACAUCAAAUACACAAUGGAAACGUUACAUGUUGUCCCCUUGGACCAGCCGACACCUGAAGGAUACCGGGUGUUCUAUGCACGAUUGGUGAACUUUGAAGUGGAGCGUUUCAUAUACUACGAUGGUUUGAAGUUAUUCAAUAUGCUACUGGACUUGUGGCUGAUCGAAAACGGUACGAUGAAGGGACACGUGCUCGUCUGUGACAUUGUAGGGGUACAAAUGUCUCACGUUCUACGAAUUCCACCGGUCGGCGUCAAAAAGUAUCUCUUCUAUCUUCAGGAAGCUGUACCCUUAAGAAUCAAGUCCUUACACUUUAUGAACACUACUUCUGUCAUUGACUUCAUCUUGGGUCUUAUGAAGCCUUUCAUGAAGAAGGAGUUCAUGGAUAUGUUGUACUUGCACCCAACGCUGGACAGCAUCGGUAAACACUUUCCCGUUGAAAUAUUGCCAGACGAGGCUGGUGGCAAAGGUGGUUCGAUUUACGAUCUCUUCAGCAGAGUCAGCAAGAGCAUUGACGAAAACCGUGACUACUUUGUCGAAGAGGAGGCAACCAUGCGAAUUGACGAGUCACUGCGACCUGGUAAGGCCAAGAACGCCUCUGAUCUCUUUGGCAUCGAGGGCAGCUUUAAAAAGCUCGACAUCGAUUGAUAGAUAAAAGUUUCUGGUUGGCGAUAACUUUUUUUUAAGAGAGGUAGAGUUUUGAUAGUUUUUUGAGUAUACAUUUAAACUUAUAGAGUGUAGAAAUUUGUAUUUUUCAAUUUUAUGAUUGCUUCGUUGUAAAAAUAAAAAUAAAUAGCAAAAUGAUACCGUCAAUAACAUGUAGAACAAAAUAUAAAUUACAAUUGAUAAGUUAAA